AGUUCCCGUACAAAUAAUGUAGGUUAGGGUUUGGUAGCCAAUAAAAUAUUAUUGAAGUUUUAAUUGUAUGUACUUUCUUAAAAUUUAUCGAACGAUUUCAUGUUAGUUGUUCAUUAUUUAAUGUAUUCAUAGUUGUUUUGAUCUAGCAGUACUCUAUACAAAAUAUCUUCGACGUAGAAAAAUUAGAGAUCAUCACUAAACAACAAAGAGAAAAAUGGCUUUAGAAGAUGAAAAAGCUAAACCAUUCGAAUUCAUUGUGUCAAUAAUGAACAAAGAGGUGGUGGUACCACUAUGUUCUUUGCCACUAAACCAAGAACGUUGUGUGCCAAUGUCCAAUUUCGAUCUUCUUAUGCUACUAGAAACCAACUACGUGAGUAUCUUAUGCUACAAGAAUCCGGCCGCCAUGCAGGGCUCCCCACCAAGUUCUAGUAUUGCCGAUUUUAUUGGUAGUUUGAAGAAGAGUAUGGCUCAAGUGUUGGUUUCAUUCUAUCCAUUAGCGGGUGAAGUGGUCUACAAUACCGUCGGUGAGCCUGAGAUUUUGUGCAACAACCGCGGUGUUGAUUUUAUUGAAGCCUACGCAGAUGUUGAACUUGAAAAUCUCAAUUUGCAUAACUUUGACUUGAGCUUUGUUGUGGGCAAGUUGGUGCCCGAGAAGAAGUCAUGUAGUAUUUUUACUGUCCAAUUAACAGUGCUGAGUUGUGGGAGUGUUGUGGUGGUGUGCCUAUUUGAUCAUCGAUUCAUUGAUGGAUACUCAGCAAACAUGUUCUUAGUGUCAUGGGCUGAAUUCACUCUCUCAAAACCUCUUACCUAUAGUUCCCCAUUAUUCCAACGAUCUUUGGUAAAACCCCGCAACCUUGGAUGCAUUGACACUACUUUCAUCAGUGAGACAUCUUAUGUCAAUCUACUCGAAAAUGGUGAUGAUGAUGAUGAUGACCCUAUCAUAAUAAGUAGUCGCAUGUACUAUAUUAAAGGUGAGCAUAUUAACAACCUCCAAACCCUAGCUAGCUCAAGUGACUACAAGGCAACCAAGGUGGAGGCUUUUAGUGCAUUUUUAUGGAAGAUGAUUUCAACAACAUUGUUCACUACUUUUGAAGGAGAAGAGUUGUGUAGAUUGGGAAUCCUUGUCGACGGUCGAAGAGAACUGAUGGACGGCGGAGAUGAUCGGGAUAAGAUGAUGAGGCUCUACUUUGGAAAUGUGUUGUCCAUUCCCAUUUUGGAGAAGAAAGCAAGUGAUCUUAAAGUGAAGCCACUAAAUGAAGUGGCUAGAGAAGUGCAUAAAUGCAUGGAAAAGGUUUUAAGAAUGGAACAUUUCUUGGGGAUUCUAGAUUGGGUUGAGACAGUCCGUACAAAGUCAAGAUUGUCUAGAAUAUCAAGUUUCACUCAUAAGAACGAUGCACCGGGUAUUGUAGUUUCAUCUGGGACAAAGUUUCCAAUUGGAGGGGUGGAUUUUGGGUGGGGUAAACCCAUUUUAGGAUCAUUUCACUUUCCAAUGGGAAUGAGGAAAUUAACAAAAUGUGGGUAUGUGUUGCCGAUGUUGAGUCCAGUUGGGAAUGGGGAUUGGUUGUUGUACAUGCAACUAAAUGAGCCGCAGUUGGAGUUAUUAGAGACACAAGUUUCUCAUAUUUUGAAGCCCUUAACUUUUGAUUACCUAUAUUCACGCGUACGUGACACAAGGUCAAAAAUGUAAGUGUAGUGAUAUGUGCACCACCCAAAAUAUGUAAGAAUAAUGAUAUGUAACACCCAAACAUAUGUAACAAUGAUAAUAUGUACACCAAAUAUGUAAGAAUAAUGAUAUGCAUACUUAAUUAAAUACUAUAUUAUCUAAAAUAAAAUAUAUAUCAUGUUUAAAUAAAUGUGAUUGCUCAAAA